AAUUAGAGAAUCUCGGUGUGGCCUGAAGUGAUAACAUUCAUUAUUUCACAGAGGGCGGAGAUCGGAAAAACUGGAACUAAAAGCCAAUCUCUCGCCGGAAUUUUUAUAAAGUUUAUCUUCCCUUCAAAUCAAACGAGAGACAAGGGAACCGUAGCCUCCUUUCCUUAUCUCUACCAUUCUCAAUCUCUUUGUAUACCUCUUUUAGCUCUAUGUUUUAAAACUAUAGCCAUGGAUUCGUUGGUUCGAAUCCAAUAGCUUCAAAGGCCAUGGAUUUAGUCAGGGGUUUCUGGAGGAAGCACAGAAGGAAGAUUUUGGUGACGACUAGUUGUUUGGGAAGUGGGUAUUUGCUCUAUAAACUAUACAAUGCUCAUACUCGUAAGCUCGCCGAUUUGGAACGUGAGCUUGCCAACGAGCGUGAAAAUGACGAAAUCAUCAAAACCCAAAUGAAGUCCCAUUUCGAGAACAUUCAGAUGAUUGCUGAUACUACAACAUUGCCUCACGCAUUGCGUCACUUGAGUAGCCGCAUUGUUGAGGAGAUCGAUGUCUCUAGUAUUAUGGAGAGGCUAAGCAAAGGAAAAGGAACAUUGACUCCUCCCGAGAAGCUUCAACUCUGGAAUGAGCUCAAAAUUUUGAGUUUCACGAGGAUGGUUUUGUCGCUGUGGUCAGUCACUAUGCUUAGUUUGUACAUUAGGGUUCAAGUCAACAUUUUGGGCAGACAUUUAUAUAUCGACACUGCUAGAGGUCUUGGCAGCUCCCAUUUACUUGAAGAGUUAGAUCUCAUAGAUAGAGAUGACGAACAAAAGUUUUUGACAAGUGCUGAUUAUCUUGCGACCAAUGGCAUGCCGAGUUUGAUUUCAAAUAUGAAGAGUGCAGUGAAAGAAGUUCUAAAGGGAAAGCAGUUAAAGGAUGUGUUAACCACAAGAGUUCUUCAAGACAAUGUGAUCCGGAUUCUUGAUGUGUUUAUGAGCACUGGAAGUCCACAUCUCUGGGUUGAUUAUUUAAUGGUGGCCCAAGACACAACAAUGCUUCCAAGAGACACCACCACUGAUGUUUCCUCUUCAGAUACAACUGUCACCAAGUUUCAUCAACUCAUAACCGAGACACGGGAAGUACUCACAAGCACUGAAUUUACAAAUGUAGCAGAGAUCUCGCUCAAGUCUUGUGCCGUAGCCUUAACAGAAGAGAUGGAAAAGCAGACCGGUUUGGCCACGGGGAUGCAAUUGGCGAAGCUCUUACCACAGAUUGAGAAGACUAUGCCGGAGAUUUCAGCUGAACCGGACAAGAACCGGUUCUUGCAACUCAUCCGAGAUUUGCCUGAAGUUCAACUCUUUUUUACUCUGCUAUACUCAAAUAUGCCACUAUAAUCCGCAAAUUGCCAAAUUGAUUGUUUGUUUACUUCUGUUUUUUCAUCAAUGAAUAACCAACAUAGUAAAAUUAAACAUCUCUAGAAUAAUUUGUUCAAUACAGUAUGUAUCAAAACAUUUGAUAUUGGUAUACAAAUAUAUGAUUUUGUU